CUCAGCUCCCAAAAUAACACUGACAAAUUUGAUGAGGUAUUAAAGGUGAGCAGCCAUCUGGAAAUCUACCAUUCUAAACAGCAAACCUAGCAGAUGGAAUCCAACAAUCAAAUGAAUGGCAAUAUGGAUGACAACCUAGAGAAGGCCGUACCUGAUGUGUCGUUUGAAGGGGUCAAGCUGAGCCUCGAUUCCAACAAUCUCCUUGAUGAUAACAACCCUGGUAUUCAAGGAACCGAGGGCCAGGCCACUCCUGUCGACAAUUCUCAACCAAGCCCGAUCAACUCUGGAGGAUUCUACUUUGCUUCCCAGGCUGGUCGUUUGGAAGCAGCCGCUUCUGCAUGUCAGCUGUCCCUCAUCAACGAGGAAGAGGACGGCAAGCUCGAGGGGGUGUGGCUCCUGACCGAGAUAGACCAUUGGGACAACGAGAAGGAGCGCAUCGCCGCGGUGACACAGAAUUCCCUCUACCUGGUCAAGUUUGAUUUCAUCACGAACCAGGUCAAGAGCUACAGGAGGAUCAUGUACAACAUGCUGAGUGCGAUUCAGAAGGGGAACUUUGUGUAUCCGGAGAAGACUCUUGCACCAGCACGUGCAGGCGAAGGGGUCAGGCUUCACUGGAGCAGUGGACGUGCAUUGUCUGUCCUCGAGAAGUGGAACCCGUUCAGUGAUACCAUCCCAUACACCACACUCACCAGCCAUCCACUGGAGACCGAUGAUACAAGACAAGCACAGAACUACCAGGUCGGCCAUUUCUACAACACGCUCCAGCAAGCAGUGACCACCUGCCGGUCGGAGCGCCACCCCAACCUCCCCCCUGUGACACUCACCCAAGUUCCCAUCGAGCUCGAGAUCUACCUGGGGCUCUCCAGCAUGGUCUACAACCAAAGCAAGCUUGGAUUCUUCAGGGAGAGGGGCGGCGUCAGCUUCUAAGAAACCUCACAGUGUGAAUGGGGUUCAUGGUAUGUACACGCAACUCGGUUAUUCACAUUUGACACAUUCAUACUGUUGUUAUAAUAUGGUAUAGUCAUAGAUUUACGUGUAAUGUAGAGAAAAAAUGUAAAUAGUAUGAAUGGAGUGUAUGGUUCCUGUUUACCUGGGUGUGUGUUAUGCUUAUCACAUUCAUACAGUUUAAUUUGUGGAUGCAUCAAAGAAGUAAAUGGUGAUGUGUGUGGGUUUUUUCAACAAACAGAGAGCAUCAUAUGAUGACUUUAUAUAUAUACAGAUUGUAUCCUUACAUAGACGUUGGUGUGAAUUACAUACAUGUGUGUAUAUGCGUAUCACUAUUAGAAUAAGGAGAGCUACCAGCAUUCUUUAGGGUCACAGAAGUUUAAAAUGGGAAUAUAUCAUGGUCUUUCAUCUUAGUAGAAUAGUGAAAACUGGAUGAAAUAUUUGGUAAUACAUUGUACAUGGAUAUCAAGAAGAAAAAAAGUUCCAUCAUUUUAUUUUGCAACUUGGUCUCAAGAAUCUGGAUAUAUCUGCAUGUUUCAGCUGAGUACAUUCUGGAAUCUGUAGCACAUUAUAAUCAGUCAUGAAUUACUAUUACAAUCUGUUGUGAUAAAAUUUACUUGUGCAUGCAUUGCACAUUUUUAGGCCACAGAUCUAUAAUGUAACGUACAUGUAUAUGUGCAUGUGGUUGAUAUACAAUUGAUCAAACAUUAUGAUAAUCUAUCGUAUCUUUUAUAACAGGUAGUGUAUGUAAUUGGGCACAGAUGUGACCUAGAUAUUGGUGUGAUUACAUUCAUUCAAUGUGAUAUGAUUACCCCCCCCCACACACACACACUUUCAUCGUGGUUAUUAUUGACAGAGCUGCCAAGUAGUACGGAUUUUCAGUAUUUAGUACUGAGAAAUGAGAAGAAUACUGAUACAUGUAGUUUGAUGCAAAAUACUGAUUUCUGAAGUUUCAGUUUCAUGUGUUGUCCUGUAGUAUUUCUUUGAAAAUACUGAUUUCCUCACCAAAAUACUGAUUUUCAGCUUUAAAAAUACAGAAAUGUUCUUGUUCAGGUUGGCAGCUCUGUAUUGAGAUGAUAUGCACACUUUCAGAGAGGGUAUUGCAUGCUUUCCUUGAUGUGAUAAGGAUAAUGAUAUCGCUUUGAUUAUUCAUGAAUAUUUAAAUACAGAGUCUGAAUAAAUUGAUAUUGUAUAUUGUACAGUGAUUUAUACAUGUAUAAAGAAAUAGACAUCUGACAAUUAGAAAAGGCAGAGUCUAGACACUUUGUUGCACAUAAAGUGAUAAGCCUGCUACUCACUUCAUGGUCUACUGUAUACUACAGAUUUUAUAGGGCAAAAAUACAUGGUAAUUUGAUGAAAAUACUAAAAAUUGGAAAUUCUUAAUGGCAACAAAUGCCUAAAAUUUACUGUUAUUAUAUUGAUAUAUGUUGAAGCUUUUUUUCUUGUAAAACAAACUAGAACUAAGUCACAAUUCACCUCAGAAUCUGAUGAGUUCAAGCCAGCUUUGUGAUAGACAUUGAAUUGAAUGUUCCAUUAUACAUUCUUGUUUGCAUCUUGUUGUCAUCUUUGAAAUUCUGAUGAUAUAAAGAUUGUGUGAGAAUAUACAUGUACGCUGUACAUUUACAUAUACCUUUUAUUGCGUAUUUUAUAUGUAGUGUGUGGAACAGUCUACAAAAUUGAUUGGUUGUUAUGGAAUAUAUUUAAUCACUUUAUUUAUCAAAGAAAUUUCUUAGAAGUUAGUCAUGCAUGACUAGUUUUGUAUAUUACUAUUAUUGUGUACACUUACAUGUGUAUAAUGGAGCUUUUCUGGAGUCAUUUGUUUAUUUGAUAUUAUUAAUAAUUGUUAUUUUUCUGAGCUUUGUGCAAUGUUAUAGUAUGAAAGAGUUAGUAUAAAUGCUUAAUUUUGCUUGUUAUCCACGAUCAUGUUUGAAUAAUUACUGUAAGGGUAGGUCUUCACAGAUCUCUGUUUAUCAGACAUACAUGUACAUGUAAUUUUGGAUUUUAUAAAUAGCUUUUUUUGUAUGGGGUAUUAAAAGGGGAUGGGAAUUUUCAUAGUUGACUUGAAGUUGAAGAAAUUGGGUCAUACAAAUCUGAAAUGCACAUAAAUGAACUACACAAUGCAUAACUGCAGUCAACAUACUUGAAAUAAAUAUGGUGGGAUCUUUUA